CUGCACUGCUGAAGGUAACCGACCUUGACAAGUUUUAGCCCUUGAAAUUUGCCAAUCAUGGAUACAAAAUCCGAAAUCUUGCAGAAACCGAAACGUGUGCAGUCCUUCAGGAGUCUCUUCAAGAACUUUAUAUUCCCAGAAAAGGCUCCUCCUUCGAGCAUUACCAAUGACGUGAAAGAUGAUUUUGAGGUCAGAGGCGAACUGAGUGAAAUCCAGGUGAUGAAUGAAAUCACCAAACGGUUCGAAUCGCGACCUCGGUUAAACACUGCUGGGUCAUUCAGUUUAAUGAGCAUGGAUCCCGAACGGCUGACCGCGUUGAGAAAUGUGCUGUCUUCGGCCUUGGAAAAGCCAAAUAUGCAACAGGGACGAGAGGAGAUCGCUAAAAAUCUGCAAGGGAUCCUCGACAUUCCAAAACUCAAAAAAAGAACCCAAGCAGUUAGUGUGGCAUCCAGUGAACCAGCAAUUACAACUGAUCAAGGGAUGGAUUCCGAAAGCACCGAAACCGAGAAAUCCACGACGAAUGAUUCUUUAAAAGACUUCCCAGCCACACCGACACACAAUGAACCAAUAACAAAGGCAACAGAAACAUCGAAAAUGGACUCGAUCGCGCAAACGGAAGUCAACGUCAUGUACACCAGAAAAGCCCGCACGGAUGUCGGCGUCGGUAGCGACAGUGACACUGCCAGCGAAAUGUCUUUCGAACAAUUGAUCAUUCCAGACCAAACAGCCGAAAAUCCCACAGAAACUAUUACUUCGUUUACAAAACAAACACGCGUCACGCAUGCUGAUGACGAAAAUCAACAUUUGCUUGAAAUUGCUCGAGAUGACUCGAGGAGAUGGGAAAGACAAGCGAGAGCGACGCUGACGAGUCUCGAGUCUUUACAACAAAAACACGAAAAAACUGUAGAGAAUCUUCGAGAACUUUACGCCCAUUUCCGAGAGACUCAGUCCAUCAACAAGCAGCUUCAGGCUGAAAGAGACGAGAUGCGUCACACUCAAAUUAAACUACAAACCGAGAUGAUGAAUGAACGGGACACGAGACGACAUCUCGCCGAAAUCCAAUCAAAACUCGACCAACACUUGUUGAGUCUCCCACAAACCGUAUCAGAGUCACUCGACCAACGACUCGCCAACUUUCGCCACGACCUGGAUUCAAAACACGACGAGCAAAUGGGAUUCCUCAGAAAACUUCGCUCAAAUUUCGCGACAGAAAUCACGGAAAAGAUGAAUGAUUUCGGUCAAGAUUUCAGCCGGGCUCAGGAAUCGCUCAACAGAGGAAGAAGUCAAGAUCGUCAGAGCCUCGAUCGACUGGAGGAAAAAGUAGAAGCAAUCGCUUCGUCCUGCGCUCACAUCGUUCAAGCUCAUCACAGACUGAAAGAUGAUUUCAUGAAAUCAAGAACGAAUCUAGAAACUACUUUCACGGAGGCUUUGCGAACUGCUGUGAUCGACUUGGAAGCCAGUUCAACUAGGAACCAAGACGCAAUACUUUCCGUCAUCAAACGCGGGCAAAAAUCGAAACCAGAUUCCGAUCAAAACGUGACCCGAACUCUGGAGGAGAUCAGGCUGAGCAUAGAAACCCUCAAGAAAAACCUCCGCUCGUUGAAAAAAUCUCGGCAACCCAAGUUCCGCAAAAAAUCCCGUCAUGCGCAUUCCUCCGCACCCGCCAAAAUACCUCCUCAAGUACACUUGACUAACCUUUUCAAGGAAGAACUGGACCCCAGUCUCAGCGUGGAGGAACAACUCGAACGCCUCGCAUCAGAACGCAAAAUACUAGAGGAGUACCUCAACAAGUGGCCACAUCAUCGUCACUGAUUCACUUUUCUCACAGUUUUCAACUCAAAAUCAAUCACUGGAAAAAAAAUACAUGACGUAUACGUGGGAGCACGAGACCUAUCCAGCGAUUUGAUGAUCUGUGCACAAUGAUAUCUUCGUCAGAUCCUUGAAUUUUCUCUUCAGAAUAUUUCUUGCACUCCCUUUCAUGAGGAUUGAGCUCAAACAGCGAGUGUUCCGUAAGCGUGAUUUGAAACCUUCGGAAUCCUGAGUUUCUCACAAGAUAAAAGCUAGCGUUCGAAAAAUAAACGUAUAUUCUUGCAAGGAAUUGUUUCUUUUUCCUGAGAAUGUUGUCAAUCCUCCCAAUGGAAAAAUCUCAGGAGUCCGGAGGGUUCCGAAUCGGAGCCACCAUCGCUUUCAUUUUGAGCUCUACCCUGUUUGAAAUGAAGACAAGAACUGUUUCUUCAAAAUUUUCAUGAACUCUAACAUUAACAUCACCGAGCACUUGGGAUGGUUCAAUGAGACAUUUUCCGAGCGAAAUCUCCCAGAAAUCACGCAAAAGUUGAAAAAAC